CUUGGCUGGGCCUCGAAUCCCCUCGAAUCCCCUCGAGCAGAUCAACAAGAUACUUCUCUAGUACCACACUAUACCUAUAAUACCGCACUGCCUUAUCUAGAUACGCCUCGAUAACAUCCUUGGCCUACUGCGGGUUGUUCCUUGGUGUUAUCCUGGCUGCAGCCUGACCUAAAUCCUUGCGUCGACCAUGCCGGCUAGGAGCACGAUUUUGGGGUGCGUGACGGUGUUGAUGUGCCGCACCUUGCCGAGCAGGCGGCGCGUGUCGAGCUCUAAGGUUGCGGAGACGCUUGGAGGCUUUGUAGGACUGGAAGGCUGCGUAGACGGCCUUGAAGGGGGUGGCGGUGGGGGAGGGAGUUGUUGGUGGUGGUAUCGGAAUGGCAAUCCUAGCUGGUGGAGGAGGAGGAUGGCGACGAUGGGGUUAUUAAGCAGGUGUUGGACUACAGCCAUGUCCACUUCUAUCCCCCGCCACGAGUACUAUUUCUGCCAAAUAUGUUCAGUCUGCCCCGUUGACCAGGCUGCUAUAUCAGCCUCAGCCCUGGCAUCAGCAUCAGCAUCAGCAAAAUUGCCAGCCCCAUCGUCACUACCCCUAUCAUCAUGCAUUGGCAGAGGCAGAUUAAUCUUAAGCACUCUCUCCUUAACCCCUUCCACAAUCCCUACCAACCCCUCUGCCUGCCUUCCCAACCGCCCAACACACCAAACAACACCGAGCUGCCUCCCUCCGGCCUCCUUGCCCGCGCAAUACGCUCCUGUUCCUUCUGGAUUGUAUCCUUCAACUCAAACAAGCUCUCUAUACCUGGCGACAUUGGCUUCUUACCCGCGUCACUAUCGUCGUCGUGCUCCUGGAUACACCACACGACAUUGUCCCUCCCCAGUCUGUGCCGACACUCGGUUGGGACGACGGGUGGGCUGAGGGUAUUGCGGGUGAGGGAGAAGAUGCGGAGGCCUAGCUUGUGGAUGACUUUGUGCCAGCAAUCGCUCUCUGUGUUUAGUUCUCCUCGGGCCGAUGAAGCUCCAUUCCCAGACGCAAACUUUUCGUCGGCUCCUCUAGAGAGCGUCACACGCGUGCAGGUCUUUUCCAACGAGACUGGUCAUUGUAGAUCUCUUUUGUUUGCGUACG